AAAAAAGCAGGCCGAAAAAGAGUUCAGCAGAGAAGAGAAUGUCGAGUCUCAAGGCAACAUUUGCAGUUGUUACAGGUUCAAGCCAAGGACUUGGUAAGGAAAUUGCCCUACAGUUUGCAAAGGUCUGCGACGGAGAAACAUCUGUACUGGUUUUACAUGGAAGAAAUGAAGAACGUUUGGCAGCUGUUCAUGCUGACAUAAAAGCAGUAAAUCCACUAUUAACUGUGUGUGCUGUUGUCGCUGAUCUGGUUGAACAUGAAAGCUACAAACGCCUUGUUGAGAUAUUUGAUGAAUUUGGGAAGCAGUCAUUUGAGAGAGCGUUCCUGGUACAUAAUGCCGGAGACCAUAUGGGAUUCGUAAAAAACAAAGCCCAUGAGAUUGAUGAUCAUCAAGCCAUACAAAGAUUCAUGAGUAUGCACCUAACAUCAAUGGUUGUACUAACAUCAAAUUUCAUGAAGAAAAUUACAAGCCAUGCUCUGAUAAAGACCAAACAGUAUGUGGUCAAUGUAAGUUCAAUGUCUGCUUUGGUACCAAUGAAAACAUUGGCACUUUACUGCUCAGCAAAGGCAGCAAGAGAAAUGUUCAUGCAGGUGCUAGCUUUGGAGGACCCUGAGGUUAGAGCAUUGAACUUUGACCCUGCUAUCAUGCCAACAGAGAUGUUGAUAAAUCACAUUAGAGAUGCGUAUGAUCGCGACUUUGCUAGGAAGUUGACAAAAAUGGGCAAAGAUGGAGAAAUCUUUUCAGCAGUGAAAAUUGCAGAAGAGUUUAUAAAGGUGGUUAUUCUUGAUGAAUGGAAAAGUGGUGAACAUGUGGCACCGUGUAAAUUUAAGGUGUGAGGACACGUGAGAACAAUACAAGAACACUAUGAAAACAUUUUGAUAACAAUAGGAAAACAAUGUGAGAACAUAUUGAAACAUUAUGAGACCAGUUAGAAUACAUAACGAGAAAAACACUGAAACAUUUUGAGAACAGGAGACAUUACACGAACAAUUAGAAAACAUUUACAAGAAAAACACUAAAAUACUAUAAACCCAAUGGGAAACAAGAACAAUUGGAAAAUAUUGAGAUUGAAUUUAAACAAGGCACAGACGUGAACAAUAUCGUACCUAAAACACAGCAGUGUGACAGUGAAGAAUUUAGGACGGAAAAUCCAAAAUGGCCACCUUAAAAUUUACCCAGAAUGCCCAAAAACUAAUCAGUUCUUAACUUUGAUACGUAGAAACAUCCCUGAAAAUUUCAGAUGAAUCCAUCAAAUGGUUUGGCUGGAAACCUGUAGACAAGUCUUGAAAGGGAAGAUUUUAGGACGGAAAAUCCAAAAUGGCCACCUUAAAAUUAACCCAGAAUGCCAAAAAACUAAUCAGUUGUUAACUUUAAUAUGUAGAAACAUCCCUGUAAAUUUCAAAUGAAUCCGUCAAAUGGUUUGGC